GUUAUUUUCAAUGUUAGCAAUUGACACGUUACCUAAUCACAAAUGGAAAAGAACAUGUCCUGCAUGAUUAGGAAGGUGAUCCAUGAGACUCUAUAAAAGUGUGGUCCACCCAAUGAGUAACAAUUGAAGAGGCUGCCCUAAGUCUCCUUAUUCAUUGGAGAAGUUGGAAGGGGUCUUUGCCCCAAGCUCCCUUGCUUCCUGGAGAGGCCAGGGAAGGGAGAGAGACUCCUCUACAGGCCCUAUUCCAGAUCCCCUCACACAGGGGGUGCCCUGACACGCCUCACUUUUUGCAGGUGGGGGCGAGUUCUUCAGCGGGGGUGCGGGUUAACACUACGUCGUGUUGGGGGAGGGGACUUCCUGGGAGGGUCAGUGGGUCUCUCCCCCUCCUGGAGGUCCUUAUGGGGGCCUCUCCCCUCAUUAAGGGGCUGUCUCUGGGCUCAGCGGUCGGGGGACAGUCCCUCAGGCUGGUUUGGGGGAGGGCUCAAUAUUGGGAGAUCUCUCCCCUGCCCGCGGGGUCUCAGGAGUUAGGUGCCUCCCCCACCCCGCUGAGCGGUUGAGCCGCCCUCUCUGGGGGGUCUCGGUGCGGGCUGUGCCGCAGAACUUGGUCAGUGUCGGGGCGCGGCGCUGUGCGACAGGUGCCGCGAGACACGUUCUCACAGCUCCCACCAGCGGGCCUGGGCAGGGCGCUUCGGGCCGGACACAGGCUCAGCCUGGCAGGCGGCUGCUUUUCCAAGAAACUUGAGCCCCGCGCGCUGCCGUCCGGGCCCCUCCAAACGAGCGCAGGGGGCUAGCGCAGGCGCAGCGCGCCCGGCUCCGCAGGUCCCGGGCACUCCCGCGGCGGAUCCGAGCAGGCCGGCUCCCUUGCCUGCACCCCACCAUGUCCGCCCUCGCCAAGGCCUCCGGCGUCCUCAAGUCGGUGGACUAUGAAGUGUUUGGCCGGGUGCAGGGUGUUUGUUUCAGAAUGUACACAGAAGAUGAAGCUAGGAAAAUGGGAGUAGUUGGCUGGGUUAAAAAUACCAGACAAGGGACUGUUACUGGCCAAGUUCAGGGCCCAGAAGAUAAAGUAAAUGCAAUUUCACUUGCCUUCCAUAUGGUUUUUCUGAAGGAUAUGACAGAAGAGACAUGGAGGGAACAGAAGUUGAAGAACAGUUUGCUAGGUAGAGCAGCCUGAAGACUGCUGUAUCUCACGCCAGCUGCCAAAGCACCCUGAGGCCAUUACAACAGACAAGGAUUACCAAAGCAUAAGGAUGCCCCAGCCUUGCCCUCGGCACCUGAAGCAAAGUAAUGUUGUCAAUAUCAGCAAUUCAUCAUCACCCAAAAGAUUCUUCUAUGCAGAGGAAAUCCUCCCAUGGCAAAUGAGGCCAGGAUUAUGGCUGCUUUGUGCCACCAGAAUGGGACCAGGUGAUCAGAGGCCACUAGGAAAUCAGGCUGUAUGAAUUCAAACUAUUUAGGCAUGUACUGUAUCUUUUAAAAUAAUUAUAGCAAGUUAAUAGUUUUCCAAUCAGCAUAAUCUCAGUAAAAGUAUUUAUUUUUGUAAAAAGAGACAGAUAGGGACAUAAAAAAAGCAAUUUGUAUCGGUUCCUGUUUUGUAUCCUCCACAAUAUUGUAGAAUAAGGUGUGUGCGAGUAUUCUGAAUGCCUGCCAGUGUGUGUGGGAUACACGUAAGAGCAGAAUCUAACCUUUCAUUUUUUAAAAAAAGCAAGUUUCCAGCCUUUAUGGUUGCAAAAAUCACCAUCCAAAUAUGAACCAAGCAAGGCAGUGCUGUCUUCAUAAGUCUGCAGAGAGCAUGAAACAGUAACUCUGAGAGGCAUGUACUCCUCUACCUCCAUGUAAUCUAAUUCGGAUGUUUACUCUAAAGUGUGCUGGUGACAUUUUAAAUAUCAGGACUAUUUUAAAGUGCCUUGGGCUUCAGUGAG